UUUCAAAUAUAACAAAAACAAACAAUAUAUAAAAGCAUGAAACCUUAAAAGCCAUUAAAUUUCAUCAGCCGUCAAUAAACUGCACUCAACCGUUCUUUAAAAAAAGUCGAACCGUCCUUAAAAGAUGUAAUAAAUUAUUUAAAAGAAAAUCCCCGUCUUUUAAGAAAUGAAAAAAAUCCUUAUACAGCCGAAAGGCUCAUGAUGUUAUUAGAUAAUGAAAAAUUAGCCGCUUUAGAAGAUGAAUUUAAUGAACAUCCGAACGGAAUUGAAUUAGUGAAUUUUAUUUGGUUAAUGAAAUGUGCUAUAGUACAUCCUGUAGAAGAAAAGUACGAAUUAGUAACUGGAUUAAUAAAAUUAUUUUAAGAUAUAGAUAUUAAUGGGGAUAAACAUAUGGAAUGGAGCGAAUUUACGACUUAUAUAAUAGAUGCAGUCAUAGGAGCAGGGGGAGAUAAAGAAAAAUUUAACAAUUAAUUUGAUAAAGGAAAAGAUAUUACCGAAUAAGAAAUAGUUGAUAAGGCAUAUUCAAGGUCUUUAAAAAAAUAUGUGUAGCAUAAAUUCAUAGAUAAUUCUACACAUGCCAGUUUAAUUAAAAAAAUAGUCUAUUCUCCACAUAAUGACUGCAUUUUUUGUUUAGAAUAGAAUUCAAAUAAAAUAAAAUUCUAUUUGUCAGAUUGUAGAGAAUUAAUUACUAAUUCAAAUAAAAUUUGUUUAUAAGUACCUAAUGAUACUAAUAAUGCUUAAUUUAUUAUUGACUUUCAUAUUGCAGAAUCUAUAAACAUAAUAGGUGCUAUUACAUCUAAAAAAUAAAUAGUUUUUUGGGAAAAUAAUUUUAGUUAAAAAAUAGCUAAAAAUAUAAAAUUAGAUAAUUUAUAAACAGGAAUAUGGUAUAUGCCUUUACAUAAAUUAUGGAUAACAGCAGGAAACGAUAAUACUUUAAAAACAUGGAGUUUUUAAUAAUAAACAUAAUAAGGCGAAAAUAGAAGAAUAAUAAUAAAUCCCGAUAAAAUAAUAAAUGCCCAUAAACAAGUGAUUACAAGUGUCUAAGAAUUAGUUUCUCCAAAACUAAUAGCCUCCUCUUCUUUAGAUGGAACUAUAAAAUUAUGGGAUUUAAUAUAAGAUGAGCCUUCCCUCUUAGUAGAAUUAAAAGACCCUUCCAAAACUGAAAGAGGAAUCAGACAAUUAGCUUAUUCAUAUCAAAAUGGUUCUUAUUUACUUUCUAUAGGAUUCGAAUCAUAUAUAAAUGUUUGGUGCCCUGAAUCUUCCAUUACAAGGGUUUUUGUUGGAAAAUUAGAAGGACAUUCUAGCCUAGUGGCUACUUGUUAAUUUAUUCCUUAAAGCCCUAAUGUAGUUUCUGUAGAUGAUAAUUGUAAUAUAAGAAUAUGGGAUAUACGUAUUAUGUAGACUAUUUAAAUAAUAGUUACUGAAGCUUCUUUUGGAUAAAUAUAUGAUUUAUGUUUUGUUUUUGGAAAAUAUGAUAGAAUUAUUUUUGCAGGAAAAAGAUUAAUGUAUUUUGAAAAUUCUGAAGUACAAAAAAAUGUAAAAAAUAUAAAUGAAGAAAUAUAUGCUUUAAAUGUUGAUUUUAAUUUAUAUUUUAAUUAAAUUGUUAUCUUAACCAAGUAAAAGGAAAUGAUAUAUAUAAAUAUAUAUUUUUUAAAAAAGAAUAGAUAUACGAUUAUACGAUGCCAUGACCGGAAAAUUAAAUAAAGUUUUUAACGAAUUUAAUGAUUAAAAUUCAAUCGAGCUUUCCGUUUUUUGUUUUGGAGCUCGCUAAAGGAAAUUUUACCUUUCGGACAAUAGUGGAAAUGUGAGACAAUAUAAUAUGAAAAACGGAGAGUUUUUGAAAAAUGUGAAUGACGAAAAAGAAAUAGAAGACUCUGAGUUUUCAAAAAAAUAAAUACAAGUUAGUAAUAAAAAGGAUGUAAAUGAAAUCUCUUAAAUGAUAUAUAUACACGAAGAAAAAUUACUAAUAUGUUCAUAUUCAGAUUCUACUAUAAGAAUAUACGACGAAAGUGAAUCAGAAGAAAGUAUACUAAUUAAAGUACUAACUGGAGGACAUAUGAAUGCUGAAAUAGUCUCAUUAGUAUAUUCUUCUAAAUAAUCUUUUAUAGCUAGUGGAUCGAUAAAUGGUAUUAUUGCAUUAUGGGAAUUUGAAACUGGAAAAUUAGAAAGUAUAUUAAAAGCCGAUGAUAUAGAAAUAACAUGCUUGGAAUUUUUAGAUCCAUAUCCAGCUAUAGCAGCUGCUUCUUUAAAUGGUGCUGUAUAUAUAUGGGGGACUAAAAAUUGUAAUUUUAAAUAUAAAUACUAGAUUAUUAUAAAGAUAAUGAAUUCUAUGUGGAUAGACGGAAUAGAAUAAUAUUUUUCUGUCAAUAGUAUCAUUUGCGAAUCAGAAUUAAAUUAUGGCUUAAAAAGAUGUGUUCCAGUAGACGAUUUUAUACCUGAAGAUGUUGAAAACUUUAAGCCUAUAAUUCAAAAGAGCAGUCUUAAUUUUAAAUAAUUUUAAAAAUAAAAAAAAAAUAAUAAUUGGCCAAUUACAUAAUAAGAAGAAACAAAUAGUGAAAAAAAAAUAAUCAUCAGUGAAGAAAGUACAUAAAGCGAAACUGACAAUUUAGAAAAAAACGAGACUUUUUAAAAAUACUGGUUUUAAUAUGAUUAAAAUAAGCAAAAUAACAAAUAAUAAAAUCAAUAUUGUUACAUAUAUUUAGGAGAUACAAAAGGUUUUAUAUAAAUAUGGAAUUUAUCCGAUAUUUUUUACACUCGUAAUAUAAUUCCUAUAAAAGAAGAAAAGAAAAAACAGAGUUUUUAACUCCGCAGAAAAGACUUAAUAAACGCCUCAAAAACAGCAGAAAAUUUAAUCAAUAGUUAAGAGAAUAAAAAUAAUAAAUAUUAACUAACUGUGCAUGCUUUAAAUAGUGUUUUACUACAUAGAUGGGUAGGCCAUUAAGGAUUGAUUAAUAAAAUAUGUAAAAUAGAAGAACCGAAGUCUAUUAUAUCAUGUUCUUUUGAUAAACAUGUCAAUAUAUGGAGCUUAGAAGGCGAAUUGUACUCUAAAAUAAACUUAGGAGUGUAUGAUAAGUAAACUAAAUGGUAUUUUCCUUUCGAUUGGAUCGAAUAGAAAAUAUAAGAUUUAGAUUAGGUAUUUAGUUUUUUAAAAAUAAUUGAAAAUAAUGGAUUAAGUGAUGAAGAAAUCGAAAAAGCCCGAAAAAUUUAUUUAAUAUAAAAAUAUUUUACUGAAAAUGACAUAAAUGAUUUAAAAAAUAAACUAAUAAAAAAAAUAUCUAUAUUAGAAAUAAUGAAAAAAAUGAUAAAAACUUAAAAAGUUUUUAAAAUAUUUCAUUUAGAGAUUAGUUAAAUUAACUAUUAAUAAAAUUCAAAUAAGACGAAGAAGAUGAAAAAAACACAAAAAAAUAAAGAUUAUUAUAAGAUUAAUAAAAUAAAUAAUAAGAAUUAGAUUAAGUUAAAAAAUUCUAUAAUAUAGAAUAAAAAAAAGAACUUUUAUAAUAAAAUAAUUUAAAAUAAAAAUUAGAAAAAAUUUUUAAUACUUAAGAUAAUUUUUUUUAUAAUAAUAAUAAAGAAAUUGAAAAAACUAGUUUAAUAUAUGAUUAAAAAUAACUGAAAAAUUAUUCAUAUAAUAAUUCAAAAACUAAUAUUUUAAAUUAAAAUAGUCGAAAAAAUAAAAGAGAAUUAUCAAAUAAUUUUUUGACUACAACUUCAACUAAAUUUUGUGGUGAAUAAAAAUAAAAUAAACAAAUUAUUUUGUCUAAUAGUAGUUCAUAUAAUGUUAAUAAAUUAUGUUCAUUAUCAAGUAGUAAAUAUGUUAAAAAUUUUUAAUUUGUGUAAAUGUUAACUAAAUAAAAAUUACCUGAAUUAAAUAAUAUAUAAAAAAACAUUAGUAAUUAAAUAUUUAAUAUAAAGAAGGCGAAAAUAAUAGAUGUUUUAGAGUUGCUUAACAAAAUUAUUUGUUUUAAGCCUAAUCUAAUUCGUAAAAAAUACUUUUUGCAGAUAAUGAUUUACUUUUAUAGAAUAUUAAUGAUUUAAAAUUAU